UUUUUUUUUUUUCUUAUUAUUUUCAAUAUAAAUAAAUAAAUAAAUAAAAUGAAGUUGGUUAGAUUCUUAAUGAAAUUAAACAAUGAAACAGUUUCUGUUGAAUUAAAAAACGGCACAGUAGUUCACGGUACUAUUACAGGCGUUGACAUGAGUAUGAACACCCAUUUAAAAACAGUCAAAAUGACUCUUAAAAAUAGAGAUCCUGUCAGUUUGGAUUCUUUAUCUGUUCGUGGUAAUACUAUUCGUUGUGUCAUUUUACCCGAUAGUUUACCAUUAGAUACACUUUUGAUUGAUGAUACUCCUAAAAAGAAGAAGCGUGAUGAUGAUGGUGCUGGUCGUGGUCGUGGAAGAGGAAUGCGUAGUGGACGUGGUGGACGUGGUAGAGGAAGACGUUAAAUUAUAUGUAUACGCCUUUAUAUACUUCUUUUUUUUUCUUUUAUUUUCUCAGUUUGUUAAUAAUAAAUACGCAAAUCAUUCAAU